AAGGGAUUUCUUUAGUUUUUUUUUUUUUCUUUCUUUCUCAUUCGUGAUUAUUGUCAGCAUUACGAUUUGUGUUUGUUUUGUUUCCUUAUCUCUUUUUUUUAUAUUUUAUUUGUUUGUUUGUUGGUUAUACAGUUCACCAGCGGAACGUGACGGUAUGCUCCCGAACAAAUGGAUCCGGCUGGUCAGAGCAGCGUGAACGUUAGCGGGCUACGCGUGCGACACGAGCCAUAAUGACAUGUCACGUUAGGAAAAGUCAGUCGGCAAGACAACGAGCCAAAAAGAUGCGAUAAAGAAGGGGUAUAGAGAAAAGAGGAGAAAAUGAGGUUAGAUCAGGAGCAAAAGAGGAGGAGCUGUUGCAUCCCAAAAAGCCCGUUGCCAUAUCGACAGGAGGGAGGAGGUACCGACUUGACGUUCGUUUAUGUGUACACAUCUAGACUCUGUGCUGCGCUGGCUGUUCUUACAUAUACAGUGGGAAGAAAACCCAGUGACAAGAGGAGAAUCCAUUGAAUUAUUCAGCCAGUCUGCUUUGGGUGGCUAUGCACAACACACAGUGGAGUUUCUAUAUCUACAACACAAACAGUCAUGAGUUCAUCUCUUGUUGUGUCGCGGUUCCGGGAUAAUAGACAUUGCGGGAAUUGGUAUUAGUAGUCGCAGCAGUCGACUGUGCCAUUGUGUUGAGUUGACUGGCAGAAAAUAUCCGCCAGUCGACAUGGCUGACUUUAGCAGAGCGGAAGGCGUGAGCGGCGCAGGAGUGCCUACAACAACAACAACAACAACAUCAUCUUCUUCUUGUAUUUCAUCUUUGUCGCACCAUCACCUUUCGUCCUCUAACAGUAUUCCCUCGAGGUCCACGUCGCUAUUAUUACCGCCCGUGUCACAGUCACAAUCUCAACACACCCUUUCCGGUUCUCACCGCGGCUCGGUCAUGUCCGGAAGGCCUCCGCGGCUGCAGAUGAGUGCCGGAGUCAAGUCGUCGGGUUCGACAGUGAACAAGCCGGCGACAGAAGUGAUUUCCGCACCCGUCCCGACGCUGGAUCCCGUUCAUCGGCAAAAGAUCAUGCAACUCCGCCUUCAAGCUGCCAAAGCAUCCAUGAAGAGACAGAGCAGUCUUCGACGAGAGAAUAUACAUCGACUUGCCUUCUGGCUCUUAAGGACAUCCCUGUGGCUGGCCGGCAUUUUCAGCUUGACUGUAUUAAUUAUUGCCUUUCCAUUGGCGGUCGAUCCGGCCUUGGAGUCCAUUUGGAGGACGUUUAGUACCAAACCAGUCAUCUGUCUCACGACUGACAUUCAAAUCCAUCAUUCGAGGAAUCCGGACGGAUCCGUCAAAGGCAACGAUGCUUGCACGUGGACCUCUUGUCGCCAAGGAUGUACAGGGGAAUUAUUUAGAUGCGUCCAACUCUUUGCCAAUAUCAGCCGAUUGCCUUGGGACGUAUUGGAAUCUGCCAAUACGAGCCAAUGGAUUCGAUUAGAUUCUACGUCUCAAAUCGAAUUGGGAGGGCGCCUGAAAAGGUCUACCAACUGGGCCGUUAGCUGGGCCACCCAAAAUAAGCAUCUUUUCAACAAGAGUGCCAGCACCAAUCAAUCGAUCAAUCCGCUCUACGAAAUGCAGCGUGAACACUCACGACGUCAAUACGCCCAGUUGGUGGAGGAACUCAAAGGCCAGCAGCAACUCGAUGAUGAGAGAAAUGAGACGACGUCGUCCUUGUUCGAGGCCGUUAAUGUCCGGCUCAUGGUCAACGUCCGCGGUUGCGGUUACACGGUCGACUGUGCCGAUUUCCAUCGCACCGCGGGCGUCAUCGGCUCUCUUAUACCCUGUCACCUGAGCAGCCGGGCCGACGUGACCCCCUUGGCGGUUAUGGAACACAAUCCCGAACAGGAUCACAAUAUCAUUCUUUUCCUAUUCACCGUUCCUGCCUGCGUUUUCAGCUCGGCCGUCUUCCUCCUUUGCUGCAUUCAUUACCAGUGCUGUCGCCCUCAACUGGCCAAAAUGAUGGCCAGCCGCUCUUCCGCCGAAUAUUCAGUCGCACGACUGAUUAUCAACAGUGGCAUCCAAUUUCAUCCACCGACGACGACGACGACGACGACCAACAAUGAGCAACCAUCCAAUAACAUCAAGUACUGGGCGGCACCGACGGAAGAGACUUGUGUUAGCCCAGAAGCGCCAUUGGCAGCCCAGCAACUGAAUCAUCAGCUCACAUAAUAAUAGCUCAUCUCCUAUUUAUAGUCCCGAAUUAAAAGCACCAUUAUUUAGGAUUGUGGAAACUGUUUUUGAUAAAUGAACUGCUGUGUAAUACUCGAAGAAAAAAUGUACAAAACUUACGCAUCUAACUGGCAAAUGUCCAUUUUAUAUAUGCGCCAACAUGUAUAGUGGUAGUACAACAGCUCGUUAUUAAGUCAAGUAAGGCCACGCCUAUAGCUCAAUUAUUUGAAUGUGCGGCGACGAUUGUAUGGCAAUUUGCUCGAAAGUAUAUUCUCGGAGGCCCAUUAGAUGUUGAUCCAUUCGACUGAUGGUAGAACAGCUUUUAAUGGGCUAUGUCUGCUGCGAAAUGGCAGUUAUUAUCGGGACUCUUGAAUCAAAUAUUAUGGUAGCCAUGGCUCGUCUGCACGCGAAUUACCGCCUACAGACCUUUCCCGUUUAAUGAUAACAGAUCGUUAUUAUUGUUGCGCUAUAUUUCUGGAAACAGCCGGGGAAAAAAAAGCGACUUUCGUAAACAUUCCGUUUGAUUCGGAGAAUCGUCUAGAAAAAGUAUAAUAAUAAUAAUAAUAUCAGCCAGAAGCGGCCAAAGUUAUCCAUCAAUUUCACAAGAAAACUUAUAUUGGAAAUAACGAAACGUUAUUAUUUUUACGCCCGAGUAAAUAGCGUUAAAAAGUCGAUCGCAAUUGUGUACGAUGUGUACACAUAAUAUAUGUAGUUCAAUCUGUUAUACAGCAGUUGUUAUUGACAUGUUGACGGCGUCGACGACAUGCGUUACUUUUCAAGUUGGGGCGUCGGCGCCCGUGAGUCGUUCGUCGCGCCAGCCUUCAGGCGAACCACCAGUGAAAGCUGAAGAAUGUGUGUAUGUGUGAGAUCGCAUCUCUUGUCAUUACAGUGUUUUCUAGUGUGUGUACUAGUUUGUUACACAUAAAUAUAUUCUAUAUAUACUCCCGCGGUCUUGCGUGCUGAGUGUGCCUUUUAACAAACACUGUAAGUGGAGUGGUGGCGGAACCUUACAGGAAUGUUACCGAUGUUGACGAGUUGUAAAAUAUCGACGACAGAUGGCGGCGUGAACGUAUAUUUCCGACAGAUCCACAGAAGACAGACAACCCUCUUAUAAGUGAGAAAUGACUGGUCGAGUUGUCUAUUUUUUUUCCGCUCAUCUGUGUUAUUUGUUGUAAAGUACAGUUGUAAAUUCAAGUUUUUGUCUUCCGUGUUCCGUUUAUUGCGCCCGUUCUGGUUGAUGAGACGAUCGUAGCCCGGUUAGCAGGCCAUUUCGACAUUAUAUGCAUCCUCUGUGUGGUUCAACAGCAACUCUGGAAGGGAAUUAAAUUCAAUGAAGUGAACAUUAGUGUGCUCUCAUUCAAAAUGAGUGGUUCAGUAUCACCAGGCAUUAGUAGGAGAAAUCCCCAAGAUGAAUAUGAACUCGUUCA